UCAGUGAUGGGGUAACUGUGCUCAUAACGUUUGUCAGGAGGGCUCACCGAAUGAAGCAACAGGCCUAGGUUAAUGACAUACUGACAUAUAGUCCAGCCUACACGAACACCUUUACUAAAUAGAACUAUUGGUCGUACAGACCUACAGGCUUAGUUUCUCAAAGAAUUUCUUGACACAGGGAAGACUAUGUCGGUGAUUUGAUAAUGGUGGUAAAAUGUUCGUGAUUUGGCCUCUGAAGUUGUUGCACAGACGUCUAGUUUCGGAAAAUGUGAUGUGCACUUGUGCCUAUUUGUAGGCCUGCUAAAAAUAGGGCCCUGCUAGCACCACAUGCUUGCCUAUGAUUGACAAUUGCAGUGCCUUGGUACCGGGACGGCAGCCUCUGGAGGACAACGCAAACCCCUCGGACGUGACUACCUCCCUUUGGCUCGAAACCCCAGCAGAGAACCCCAUUGCUUUUAAUCAAUUUGGGACUUUGUUAACACAGAACAUUUUUAUUGUUCAGAAGAAUAUCCGGCCUCUCCCUAAAGACUUUGGUGCUGCGUUUGGGAUCUAAACGUUUGGUUGGUGUUGUUGCAGUGGGCCUAUCUUUUUUUUUUGUGAACUAUGACAUCUCGGAGGCCUAUGACUCGCUCAUACUCCGGCAAUGGGAGAUCCAACAGUCUAAACGAGGAAGACUCUGCCCCCAGUAGCCGCGCAGAAAGCCGCAACUACCUCUCCAAUGUCCGGCCAGAAAACAGCUAUUCACGUCACAGGUACUCUCACUACAGGCCAACGAGGAGUACAUUUUGUACUGUGAUGUCUCAGCUGACUGAGGAAACACAACCAUGUUUUGAGACAACCAUAAAAUCCAAAGCGGUGUCCGAGUCUUGCAACGUAAAAUUCACCUGCAUAGUAACAGGUAAUCCAGCCCCAGAGCUCACCUGGUAUAGGGAUGAUGUGGAACUGGACAGGUACUGCGGUCUUCCGAAGUAUGAAAUCUUCCGCAAUGGAAAAACACAUACGCUCCAUAUUUAUAAGUGCACGGUGGACGACGCGGCCAUCUACCAGGCGUCCGCUCGCAACAGUAAAGGGAUCGUGUCCUGCUCUGGUGUGCUGGAGGUGGGAGACAUGAGCGAGUACAAGAUCCACCAGCGCUUCUUCUCCAAGCUGAAACAGAAGGCAGAGCUGAAGCGGAGGGAGAUGGAUGAGGGCCGCCGGCGCGAGAGAGAGAACGCGCAGCAGGAGCAGCAAAACAUCCUCACGCAGGACCGUAUCAUGAGGAAGCGCCGGACACCCGACUCACUCAACUCCUCCGAUUCGGUCCAGGAAGCCGAGGAGACGGCCGAGGAAAGCAUGGAGGCUGUGCCAGCGGAGACACCUGCUGAGGAGACCAACGGAGAAGCCAUGGAGACCGUGGUGGAUUCAAACGUGGUGCAAGAGAAUGGCAACCAGGGGGCCAAUCAUGUUUCUAACUCGGUGGAGAUUGUCACCGUGAAGGUGCCCAAUAAAGAGAAACUGGCGAAAAAGAAGAUCAGGAUUUCCAAUGGUUUUGAUGAGGGAAUGGUCGACAGUGGCCAAACAGAUUCUGUCCUCGGAAAUGAGAAUCAUACAAAUGAGGAGGACAUGAGCCUGGCGCAGUACCUGUCACAGUCAGUACAGUCCCAGGCUACCGAGGACAAACAAAGCUCGGUGCCGGCACAGACACCCAUGGAGGUGGCAGCUCAACACGAGAAAGAAAAACAAGCUCAACAAGAGAAAGAAAAAGAAAUUGAACAUGAGAAUGAAAGAGAACGUGAGAAAGAGAAACAACAUGAAAAGGAGAGAGAACGCGAGAAAGAGAGACAAUGCGAAAAGGAGAGAGAGAAAGAAAGAGAACGUUUACAAAAAAAGGAGGAACUAAGACAAAGAGAGAAAGAAAGAGAACGGGCCAAAGAGAUGGAGAGGGCCAACCAGAUGGAGGAAGCCAAGAAAACCGCUGGCAAAGCAGAAUCCAAGCAAUCAGCAAAGAAAUCAAAUUCGGAUCCCCAACAGAAGUCUGCUCUAAGCACUGUGCUAACUUCUUUGAAGGACAUUUUCUUCGGGAGGGGCAAGAAUAAGUUGGAAGAGGCCCCUGAGGAGACUAGCUGGGACAGAGACUACCCUCCAGCACCCCCAGAUCCAUAUCCUUACAAUCCACCCACUGAACAAGCCACAGCAAUGGAGGUCGACAAACAACCCAUUAACACAAAUGAUCAAACAGUGAAGGACAUCGCUGAGGGUUCAAGGAGUCCACAGUUGCCAAAAAGCUUGAGGAUGCACAACGGCUAUGGAAUAACAGAGAUAAACACAGUGGAACACUCCCUAGCUCCCCAAAUACCACCAGAGGCAUCCACAGAGGAGCAUGUGAUGGCCAAGGAAGACGAGGUGGGCCCUAGUGCCAAGGAGGAGCCUGCAUCUCCAAGUCCAUCUACACCUCAGCCUGCAUCUCCAAGUCCACCUCUACCUCAGCCUGCUCCUCCAAGUCCACCUACACAUCAGCCUGCAUCUCCAAGUCCACCUCUACCUCAGCCUGCACCUCCAAGUCCACCUACACCUCAGCCUGCUCCUUCAAGUCCACCUACACCUCAGCCUGCACCUCCAAGUCCACCUACACCUCAGCCUGCACCUCCAAGUCUGCCUACACCUCAGGCUAAAGAUGACCAGACGGUGCAAUCAGGCAGGUAUGAGAGUCCUGUCCAGGAGGGGAAUGCCACAGCUGUCCUGGUGCGUGAUAAAGAAGAUCAGGCAUUUUUCAUAGAACCUGUCACAGGAGACGGCGGAGAUAUGCUCAGUUUACAGGGCCCCUCCCGGCACUCUGGGCAGACCCCAGGGCCCUCCAUGACAGAUCAGGUGGCAGUAAACCUGGAGAGCACAGACAGUCAUGGGACCAUAUCAGAUCUUCCCAUUGCAACAGAACCGGAGAAAAAGGAGGAAAUGCGUGUGAAUAAAGCUGUGGUGGAAUGUGAGUUCACAGUCCAGCGAACAGACACAACCUUGCCUGCAGGAGAGGGACCUGAGCCAAGUGAGUCAGAGGAGUUACAUGUCGACACUGCCAUAACAGGAAGUGUCUCAGAAAUCUGUACAACUACAAAAGAGGAGGAAUCUACUGCAGUUGAGGAGAAGAUAGAAAGUGAAAAAAAGGUAACAGAAGCAAGUGGGCCAGAGAAAAAGUUACAAGUGGAGAUGAUAUUUCAAGAAAAGAUCUCUGAUUCUAAAAGCGAUCUGUUGGAGGUCUCCAGUGUAUCUCCUCCAUUGGGUGAUGCACUAGGGAAUUCAGAGGAGAUGGUGACAGCGGCAAGUGCAGAGCUUAGCAAGGAUGUAAGUAGAGCUGUUGAGGGUCAGAAGUUGGUAAGUUCUCCAACUGAGAGUAAGGUGGAAGUGGAAGAAAUGGAGACAGAAGUGUGCACUGAGGAGGCCACUGAGGGGUCAGACUAUCUGGUGACAACGGCCGACAUAAUUCCUCCAGCCUCAGAGCUGCAAACUAAAGAAGAUAGAAAGGUUCUCAGUUUACCAGAGGACACUUCAACAAUCAGUGAGGAAACACUAAGUGAAGGGAAUGUCCCUGAUGUUGAAGUUCCUUGUUCACCACUGACUACCGUCCCUGUUAUAAAGAUCAGUGCUAAUGAGGAAACACAGGACCAACAACCUGUAAAUAUGCCUUCAAUCAAUAUUCUGAUAACCGAACCCGAGGAGACAAAGCCAGUUGUUGUGGUAACGCGUCAUUUGGCUGGAUUGCAGGGUGAUGCAACUCAGUUAUCAGACCCGAUGAUAGUUGAGCCCAGUGCGACGGUUGUUCCACCCACACCAGAAAGCUCAGGAAACGCAGGCGUCCUCCCUCCCAUGAGAGGCAUGCAGGAAGUUGUGCAACCUCAUGAGAGUAAAAGGAUGAGCUUGGAGAAAGAGACAGAGCAUGCUGAGACAAGCAGCAAAUUAGACUCCUCCUCCAUUCCCAUCAUCACCCAUGCAAAAACAGAUAGUGUCACGCCAAGUUCACAUGAAGCACGAGAUAAUACUGUCCAUGUUGCUUCAACCACUGCCCCACAAGAAGAGCCUCCUAAAAAGCCAGCAUUUGUGCCACCACCCAUAGCAAUUACAUGUGCUGAUAACAGCCCUGAAAUGAUCAAAGUUAAUAAUGAUAAGCAAGGGAAGGAGAUGGAGUCUUUGACUGCAAUUCUGUGGGGAGUGAAGAAUAACAUUGAUCAGGAGAACUAUGUGGCAGUUCCAGAGAAGGUCUCCAAUGCCAAAGACCAGACCCGGACUGAAAGCGUGUCUGCACCACCACUGAACGCCCUAAAGCCUGCAGAGGCUGAGCCCAUAUUUCCUGUUCCCACUGUCCAGGCCAAAACACCACAAAUCAGCAUCUCUGACACAGAUAAGAUGGACGUGCCCAAAGAGGCCGAUGUCAGUGUGGACAGGCUUAAGAAAGACAAACAAGUUGUAGAGAAGCUUGGUGUGACCGCCCAGUUGCCUCCCAUGAUGAGCCCCUCGAGCCUGCGGCGCUUGAUGGCGAAGGGUCUCUUCGGGACGGACAGCCCUACGGUGACGUCCAUACCAGCCAUAACAGUGGACACGGAGGGGCGAGGUGAGGAGAACAGUGGAGGAAGCACGCCCUCGUCUGUCCUGAGCUGCGAGAGCAGCCCCAAGGUGCGGCGGAAAGAUAGCCCGUCGCCCAUCCCCGCCGCCACCCCUGAGGAGCUGGCCUUGGGGGCCAGACGCAAGAUCUUCCUCUCCAAAAGCAAAGCGGAGGAGGCUGACAGUGCGGCGUCACCUGACGCCCAGGGAAAGAGAGAGGCUCCUUACAUGUCGCCCAGUCAGGCUAGGAGAGCAGCAUUCCUUCAGGCCCACCCUGGACAACAGACCCCGCCAAUGGAGAGGCGGUCGCCCUUACUGAGUCGCAGAAAGGCCACCCUGGAGGUCCCCAAAGUGCAGGAGACUCCAGAAGAACCAGAACCAGUCAAGACUGAAGCCAAACCUGCUGAGAAGCUGGAUCCCUUCAAAGCUCCUCAGGUUAUUCGCAAGAUCAGGGGAGAGCCCUUCUCAGAUGCCACUGGACACUUGAAGCUGUGGUGCCAGUUCUUCAACGUCCUCAGCGACUCAACCAUCACGUGGUACCGGGACGAGGUAGAACUGCUGGAGGUGAAAAGAAGUGCUGGAGAUGAGAGCCAAGUGGCAUUGGCUAUCGUCCAGGCAUCCAACAGAGACUGUGGGGUGUUUGCUUGCACCAUCAAGAACGAGUUCGGCACAGACACCACCGACUUCCUGCUCAGCACUGACAUUCUGGCAGAGUUUCUCUUGCGGGAUGAAUUAGAAGUUGGGGAAGAGAUUGAGAUGACCCCACUGCUCUUCACCAAAGGCCUGGCAGAUCCCGGUGGCUGGGGAGACAAGUUUUUUGGCCGCAUCAUGACCGAGGAGAUGCACCUUGGAGAGGGCUUCACCCACAAGGCCUGUCGGGUCAAGGUCAUCUAUGGAAUGGACCCUAUAUUCGAGUCAGGGAGCACCUGCAUCACGAAGGUGCGCAAUUUCAUCGCGUACGGGACCAAAGAAGAGAGCCAACUCAUCGAGAAGAACCUGGAGACUACCAAGCAGUUGUGCAGAAUGCAGAGCAUAAUCCGAGAGUACUGCAAAAUCUUUGCUGCUGAGGCAAGGGUGAUUGAAAACUUUGGCCCCGCACUAGAAGUGAAUCCUGUGCAUCUGAUGUACCGGCCAGCCAACACUGUGCCAUACACCACUGUGGAGGCCGAACUGAAGGGAACGUACCUUAGGUACUGCUUCAUGGACACGUCCGGCCGCCUGAUCACCAGAAACACCUCGGAAGUUGAGCAGAAGUGCAACGCAUUCCAGCACUGGAUUCACCAGUGGACAAACGGCAACUUGCUGGUUACCCAGCUUGAAGGAGUUGACAUGAAAGUCACCAACAUACGAAUUGCCACCAAGACUAAAGGCUAUCAAGGUCUCACAGAGGAAUCCUCUCCGAAGGUGCUUGAGCAGUUCUUCACGCAGCACCAGUGCAACUACUACUGUGGACUCAUGGGUCUGCGACCACUUAAGCCCUUGGACCUGCUCCAGCAGCCCAGCAAGAUGAAGGGCUCCAGGAGCCCCCUACUGAACCGCAAAGCAGGCUCGUCCAGCCCACAGCUGCAGAGAAAAGGGACGGGCAGUCCCCAGACUGUCAGAAGGAUAACAUCCAGCCCGAAGGUGGUCAGGAAGGCUGGGGAGGCGGGCGAUGGUUCAGCCGCCUCCACCAAACACAAGGCUGUGGAAAUCCCCAAAGUGGUCAGAUUGAGGUAGAGAUGUAACGGAAGCCAGUGAGGGGGAAAGCCACAAAGGCAAAAAAUUGCUUAGACUUAAAACGAUUACCUAGUCCUGUUUUAACAUCAGACGUCUACUGUAUAUCUAGAUUGGUGCAAGCCAGAUGCUGGUGUUUGCACACAACUGUGGCCUUGACUUAAAAUAUGAUGGACACUGUGUGACUUUCCAUCUUGAAAAGACAAGUAAAUAAGAGAUGGCUAUUAUAGAGAGUGAGAGGAGGGUCAACAACCGUUGCCACCCCUUAUACAAGUUCUACUGUGAAUUGCUAUGCAGACUAUCGAUUGCCAUCCAGCGAAGUGUGCCCCCACCCACUCCCCACUCCUCCCCCCCCCAUCUCUGUGAAGCACACAGAGGCCGUUCACAGGGACAGAGCACAAGGUUCUGAACACACUCUCCUGAGAUGUCAAAAUGUAGCAGCACAGCGCAGAUGGCAAUGGAUGGGCGAAAUAUACAUAUAUAAAUAUAUUUUUUCAACAUUUUUCAUUUUGACUUGUAAUAUGCCAGAGCUUAAAAAAAUAGUGAGGUACAAUCACAACCGGCACAGGGGAGGGCUUUUGCACAUAUGUGAUAUAAUGAGAGAGGUGAUACAUUACUGUGCUUGUGUGGCGGCCUGUCAGUCGUUAUCUGGGAAGUUGCUGGGGUUUUUUUGUUUGUUUUUUUCUGCUGCUCAGGCUGUAGUUUAUUCCAUUACUGACAGUACAGAGAUGGUUUGAUCUCCUGUGCGUUACUGACAGUACAGAGAUGGUUUGAUCUCUACAGAGAUGGUUUGAUCUCCUGUGCGUUACUGACAGUACAGAGAUGGUUUGAUCUCCUGUGCGUUUCUGACUGUACAGAGAUGGUUUGAUCUCCUGUGCGUUUCUGACUGUACAGAGAUGGUUUGAUCUCCUGUGCGUUUCUGACUGUACAGAGAUGGUUUGAUCUCCUGUGCAUUACAGGAAGGGCAAUGUUAUCUCUUGAGGUUGAUAUCUGGUGCCUUAAAACCAAAGUGCAUAAGAUUCUUAAAAAUGGCACAUAUUUCUUCUUUGUGUUACUCAGUAUUGAUAUAAAUUUUACAAUGUUUUUUUUUCUUUCAAUUGUGUCAUUAGGCAGCCUGAUGCUGCCUUAUCAUGACGACUCAGUGAAGAGUGUGAUAAGAAAACUGCUUGUAGUCAUAUGAUUGAACAAAAGCUGCUGUGAACAUCUUGGUGAACCUAGGAACUAUUUUUGGCUGUCCCACAUCCAUAGCACAGCCAUGGAAUGAUCACAGUUUGAUUUGUUGUUUUGUCCUAAAGGGAAGUUUUAAAAGUUUUUUUUUUUUUACAAAUUGAGUUAGCCAGGGUCCGCUCACAACACAAUGCACACACCCUUAAAUAAAUCAAAUAAAUAAUACAUACUGUAGCGUAUAUCUGUAUAUACAUAUGUAGUAUGUAUACAGCAUAUACUGUACAAUAUCUGAAUAAAGGCACUGAUUGAUACAUUUGGUACCUUUUCACUUGUGAAUAUACUGCACAUGUAGUAUAUUCAAAACAGGUGUCAAGUGUUUCAACAUUCAAAUCCUUUGUGAACUCCCAUCCCACAAAAACUUUUUGUCUGCUGAGACAUCACAAUUAUCCAUACGUUUGUGUUUCCGAUGAGCCAUUGUGAAUUAUAUCAUUAUGAAUGACAGCUUAAAAAACUAGAUGGGUUUUUGUAGAAGAUUGAUUCAAAAGAGAUGAUGCAUUGCCUGGUGUGUCACAUAACUGUUCAGCAAUGAUCAUUUCAUAAUACAGAAUGUAUGUGUCUCAGUUUAUCUGUGUAUGUGUGUGUGAGAGAGAGAGUGAAAGCAUGAAUUUGAGGGUUCGAGUGAGUGUGUGUGUGUUUGUGUGUGUCUUAUCUGUGUGCAUGUGUGUUUGUGAGAAACAGAGAGAGAGGAAGAUAGAAAUAAAAAGAAAGAAUAAUAGUAAGAGUUCUUUGUGAUCCUGUGUGAUGGGUAAGUGUGUGUGGUGCUGUUGUGUCAAUUGUUUUUAUAAAAUAAAAAUGUACAGUAUAAAUAAAAA